AUGUUCAUGCAGGUCGGUGUUGAUAUUAAGGAUCGCAAUUAUUUGGGGUUUCUUUGGUGGAAAGAUGGUGACCUAACCCAAGAACCUUCAGAAUACAGAAUGACUGUUCACUUGUUCGGUGCGACAUCAUCCCCAGCAUGUGCAAACUUUGCAUUGAAAACUACUGCAGAUGUUAAUGGUGAUGAAUCUAAUCUAGAAGCAGCAGAUUUUGUGAGGAAUGACUUUUACAUGGAUGAUGGACUCAAGUCAGUUCCUGAUCCCACCCAAGCUAUCAAUCUGAUCGAAAGUUGCUCACAGUUGUGUGCCAAGGGAGGAUUUAAGCUCCACAAAUUUGCUAGUAAUGAUAAACGAGUUGUCGAGAAUAUCCCUGUUGAUCUGAGAGCCAAGGAUAUUCAGAGCUUUGAUAUUUGUCAUGAUAAUCUUCCAGUGGAAAGAGCACUUGGUGUGUAUUGGUGUUUAGAGUCUGAUACUUUUCAGUUUCGAAUCAAGAUAAAGGAUAAACCCUUCACCCGCAGGGGUAUAUUGUCUACUGUUAGCUCGAUUUUUGAUCCCCUUGGUUUGGUCUCUCCAGUUUUGCUUAUGGGGAAAAGGAUUUUGCAAAGAUUAACCAAGGAUGGAAUGGAUUGGGAUGAUCCAGUCCCGGAAGAUACAAGAUCGCAAUGGGAAAGGUGGAGGCAUGAGUUGUCUCUUUUGGCUUGUCUCAAGGUGCCUAGGUGUUACAAAGGUGAUGAUAUUGUUGAGCUUAGUACAGUUGAGAUGCAUCAUUUUUCUGAUGCUAGUCUUCUUGGCUAUGGUCAGUGCAGUUACCUGAGGCUACAAGAUAAUCAGGGUAAUGUUUCUUGUUCUUUAGUGAUGGCCAAGUCUCGAGUAGUUCCUGUGAAACCAAUCACCAUACCAAGGUUAGAGCUUACGGCAGCAGUCACUUCUGUGUUGGUGAGUGAGUUCUUAAAUAAGGAACUGAAGUAUGAUGGUAUUUCUCAUUUCUUUUGGUCAGACAGCAAGGUUGUAUUAGGGUACAUUGCAAAUAAGUCUACCCGCUUUCACAUAUUUGUAGCCAAUAGGGUACAGAAAAUUCAAGAUCAUACACAGCCAAGUCAGUGGAGAUAUAUUGAAUCAAAGAAGAACCCAGCGGAUAUUGCUUCAAGAGGUUCCAGUGCAGAUGAUUUAAUCCAUAAUUCUAUCUGGUGGAAAGGUUCAGUACUUCUAUCCACAGUAGAAUCUCAGAGCUCUACAUCGAAGACAGAGCCAUUUAUGCUUGAUAAUGCAGACCCAGAGAUUAAGAAGACGGUAUCAGUUCUGCAUACAAGCACCAUACCAGAUGAAUAUGAAGAUAUGCUGAGUAGAGUAGAGUACUUUUCUGACUGGCAUCGAUUAAAGAGAGCCAUAGCAGUUUGUCUAAGAUUUAAACAGAGGUUAAUGAACCACAAGAUUUCAAAACCGAAAGUACACUUGAUGAAUUCAGCAACGAUUAAACAAAACUACAUUCCCGUGAAUGUGGAUGAGAUGCAACAGGCUGAAAAGCCGAUUAUCAAAAUGGUACAGAGCAGAGACUUUGCCGAUGAGUUACAGACGUUGAGACAGAGUUCAAGAAUUACAAGUCCUGCCAGGGAGAAUUCUAGAUCAGUACCAACUGUGAAGAAGACAAGCUCAUUAUUCCGACUAGAUCCCUACCUAGAUGAGGAGGGAAUUAUACGUGUAGGAGGAAGGAUUCGUAGAGCUAACCUUCCAAAGGAUGUUGCCCACCCUAUUCUACUUCCUAAGAAGGGGCAUGUUACAAAGGUCUUAAUAUUACAUUACCAUGAGAAAAUCGGUCAUUCAGGCACUGGAAUGACGCUUAAUGAGAUACGAGCUUAUGGUUAUUGGAUAGUAGCGUCUAGGGCAAGCGUAGGAAGUGUUGUUUGGAAAUGUUUUACUUUGUAG